AUGGCGAAGUAUCAGAGUCAGAAUGAAGACCCUCGACCUCUUCGGCAGCUGUCAUCGAAGGAAGUCUCGGCCGAGCAAGCGUACCGUCGAUAUCAAGAGUCAUGGGACCUGGCACAUCUCAGUACUGCUAUCGAUCUCUACCAACAAGCAGUCGACGACGCUGCCCCGGCCAACGCAGGGUUACUCAGCGAUCUGGGUUCUCACCUAUCUGUAUACUACGACAGGGUGGGCGAUGUUAACGCUUUGGAGCGCGCUAUCAAAGCACAACGCGAAGCCCUCAAACUAGCAUCGGACGCUAGUUACCGUGAUCAUGCUCGGUGUUUGCACAAUCUUGCAACAUCUUACCAGGAUCGCUUCAUGCGCAAUGGCGAUGCUGACGACCUGGAGCGUGCCAUCAAGAUGCAGCAACGUGCGGUCGAGAUUAUCCCGGACGAUCAUCCUAGUAUGCCAAUCUAUCUGGACACACUCGGUCUCUCACAGAGCUUGCGUUAUCGGCGCUUCGGUCACCUCGAUGAUCUUGAGCAUGCCAUCCGGGAUCAGCGGCGCGCGUUUGAGCUUUCCGAAGGCCAUCCCAAUGAAUCCAUCCGGCUAAAUAACCUCGGAUGGUCUCUGCGUAUUCGCUUCCAGCGCCUUGGCGAACUGAGUGACCUUGACCUGGCUAUCAGUAUGCAAUCCCGCGCUGUGGAACUGACGCCGCCGGGACACCCUGAUCUGGCAUCGUACCUAGAAAACCUCAGUUUCUCGCAGGACCUGCGUUAUGAACAUCGCGGUGACCUGAAGGAUCUCGAGGAUGCGAUCACGGGGCUAGAUAGAGCGUUAGAGCUCACCCCCGAUGGGUAUCCGGCAAAAGUAGUCCGAUUGAACAACCUAGGAACAUCCUUACACAAACGCUUCGAGCGCCUCGACGAAGCCAGCGACUUUGAACGUGCCAUCGCGAUGGUGCGGAGAGCUGUAGAGCUUACAUCAAGCGAUCAACCUGCUGCGCCAGAGAGGAUGGGCAACCUCGGCGCGUUGUACUAUCUGCGCUAUAGAAAGUUUGGCAAUGCCGAUGACUUGGAGCAUGCCAUUACUAUGCAGAGCCAGGCCCUCGAACUGCUUCCCGAUGGACACCCAGACAAACCCAUGUGGCUGAAGAAUCUAAGUCACUCUCUUGCGGUUCGGUUUCGACUCACAAAGGCAAAGACAGACUUCAAUGAAGCUGUGUCUUCUUUCAUGACUGUGACCUCCCAAACUCUGGGCCCACCCAUCACACGCAUCAAUGCGGCUGACUUCCUUGUGAAGUUCAUGGAAGAGCAUCCAGACUACUGCACGCAAGAGACUUUGCUCGCAGCGCACUCCCGAACACUUGACAUGAUCCCUGAACUAGUAUGGCUAGGACACAACAUAUCGCGCCGCUUCGAAGAGUCGCGCCGCUUCGGCUCGCUCGUCACUGCAGCCGUUCGUGCAUCGGUCACGGCUGGGGCCUUGACUCAGGCCAUUGAAUGGCUGGAGGCUGGCAGGUCAUUCAUGUGGUCGCAAAUCCUGUCACUGCGCACAUCGGCAGAUGAACUGAGGGACCAUGACCCGGAGCUUGCCCGCUCUCUCAAACGCAUACAUUCGCAACUACAAGCCUCUAUUCACACUGCACCCCGUGUCGAAUCUGCGAGCACUAGUGACGACGCCAUCAGAAUCUCCAAUCCAGAAGCGGAUCGCCAUCGCAUGUUAGUGCUUGAGUAUGAAGAUGUGCUCAAGGAGGCACGCCGCCGACCUGGGCUAGAGGACUUCAUGCGGCCGAUGAAGCUCGCGGCCAUAGUACCGCCUUCUGUGUCUCUGCACGGCCCUGUUGUCUUCAUCAAUGUAGAUCAGGUGCGCUGCGAUGCAAUCAUAUUCGCCGCAGAUAGGAGCAUCUCUAUCGUCGCUCUUCCGGAGCUCUCGCUGGAGAAGACUGAGAAGCUCCGCUCCCUCUGGCAGUCCUACCUCCAUCAGCAGCACGUCCGUGAGCGCGCCGCAGUACCGCGUACACAGCACCGCACAGCGAAUGUUUCUGCUCUGCGCGUCUUGAGUUAUCUUUGGGGAUGGGCCAUGCAUCCUAUCUUAGAUGCGCUCGGUUUCGCAGUUGUGCAACAAGAUGGUGGACGUCUUCCCCAUGUCACUUGGUGUCCGACCGGGGCGCUCACACAGUUACCCUUGCACGCAGCGGGUGUCUAUGAUCAAGACUCAGGGCCGCACGUUUAUGACUUCGUGGUCUCGUCGUACACUCCGUCCCUUGCCGCACUUGCGCGUAGUAGCAAGGGGAUGUCACAGCGGAGCACGAGCGCCAGCGGUAACAGCGUUCUCGUUGUGACACAGCCAGACACCCCAGGCUUGUCUCCAUUACCAGGGGCCUUGAUCGAAGAACAAUGUUUGCGCGACGUUUUUUCCGCAACACCGGAUUCUCUUUCCGUCUUCGCCGGAGCUCAAGCGUUGACGAGUACGAAUCUUGCUGAUCCCAUGAAGAGUGCCUUCGCACUUUACGACGGGCAGCUGUCUCUGGCAGACCUCAUGGGGACGACAGCCGAGACCGCGGAGCUCGCGUUCUUGUCAGCGUGUCAGACGGCUGUUGGGGAUGAGACGAGCCCAGAGGAGUCGAUGCAUCUCGCAGCAGGAAUGCUGGCCGCGGGGUUCAAGGGCGUCGUUGCCACGAUGUGGUCGAUCCGAGACGAUGAUGCGCCUUUCAUCGUCGAGGCGUACUACAAGAAGCUACUUGUGCUUCGCGCGAAUGGGAGUCUCAGUGAGGGAGAGACGGGAGCAGCGUAUACUCUUCAUGAGGCAACGCAGCAAUUGAGGAAGAAAGUUGGCGAGCAAGAGUUUUCACGAUGGGCCCCGUUUGUCCAUUUCGGCGCUUGA